AUGUCCCAAUUCACCAACUCCAACACCAACACCAACUCCUCCAACCUUGCUGGUAACUACUCUGGUGCUCAGGUCGAUCCUUCCAUGGUAGAUCAAACUGCUGGCCGCACUGGAACAACUACAGGCACACACUCUGUCGGUCAAUCUCACAAUCUUGAAGGCAACCAUGGCCUUGGCGGAAACCACCAUAACGUUGGCGGCAACCACAACCCCGGAUUUACUACUACACACACUGAUGGCAACACUGGUGCACGCACCGGUACAUACGGAAAUGAUCACACAUCUGGUCUUUCUGGCGGAAACAAUCUCGGUGAUCGCUCAGCAGGACUUUCUGGCGGAAACACUGGUGCCAACGCUGGAAUCUACAACAAUGAGAUGUCUGGUCUGAAAGGAUCCCACACUGGCGCACACACUGGCGUCAACCCCAACGACCAUCAUACCUCUGGCCUCACAGGAAACCACAAUCCUACUGGCCAACAUACCUCUGGUCUUACAGGCAACAAUACUGGAAUCCACUCCAAUGACCACCAUCACUCCUCUGGCUUGACUGGCAACAACACUGGCAUCCACUCCAAUGACCACCAUCACUCCUCUGGCUUGACUGGCAACAACACUGGAAUUAACUCCAAUGACCACCACCAUUCCUCUGGCUUGACCGGCAACAACACCGGUGUUCGCUCAAAUGACUAUAGCACCUCUGGACUUUCUGGAACCCACACUGGAACCCACACUGGCGAACGCCAUUCCUCUGGUCUUACUGGAAACAACACUGGUAUCCACACUGGCGAGCAUUAUCCCUCUGGCCGCACCGGUAACUUUGCUGGCGAUAACACUACAGGUGUAACUGGAAACCGCACUGGAAACCAUCUUGGCGAGCCCCAUACUUCUGCUUUCACUGACAGCCGCACUGGUGCCCACACUGGUGAAUCACACUCCCCUGCUUUCACCGGAGGCCACAACAGCGGCUACACCGGAACCCACAAUGGCCCUCCCGGCGAUGAAUAUGCCAAGGAGCGUGUCACUGGUCAGACUGGUAUCCCAACCGGAUCAGGUACUGGAGCAAGCACUGGUGGUGUCCCUGGCGCAUCUGCUGGUGUCUACAGCGGCGGUGUCUCUGGUGUUCCUCAUGGUGCUGACUCUGCAGACCUUGGAGCUCGUUCUUCUACCGGCGCACCAGUUGGAGGAACUCAUUCUUCUACAAAUGAUCCCUUGCGCAACGUUUCGGCAACUCAUCAUGACUCCAAGCACAAUGCUAUCGAUCCUCACUAUGAGAGCAAGCGCGAUAUCUCUGAGCAUGGUCUUGGUGAUGAGCACACUGCUCCUUCUGCCGGUGACAAGAUUAAGGGUAAUCUCCAGAAGAUUGCCGGUAAGAUUACCAACAACCCUGUCAAGGUAGCCGAAGGUGAAGAGCUCGCUGCCACCGGACAUGGUCUUUAA